CAGUAGCCUGUCUGAUCCCCUCUCUCGAACAUCCCCAACAAACAAAAGUAUAUUACUUGCUGCUGUUUUUUAAGGAGAAGCUAAAUAAAAGAAUACCUGACGUGUUUGCCUCAGCUACCAGAAGCAGACGCAGUCCCUCUAAACCUACACCUGACGGCUAUAAGGAACUACCUGCAUCCGAUAAGGAACCUAGUCGACAAAAUCAAGUGUGUCGUGAGGGAGGGGGUGUGGAGAAAAGAAGUCGAAUGGGAGAGAGGGAAAAGGGAGAAGAGACAUCGAGGGAGGGGAAAAGGUCAGGGACACGGGGGGUUUAUCGCACUGCCAGAAUUAAGGAGAGUGUCUACACCAACGGUUUGGCAGUCGAAACCAAGGAGACGAAGUGAAAUACACCAGCAGUCCAACACUUACUGUUUUCCGCAAGCACUACUGUGGAUUUUUAAACCUUAUCGACAACUUCCAAAAACUAUUUGUGUGCUUUGUUGAGGUCCAGGCAACACAGAGGGCACUUUUGGACCGUGCGUAAUUUGGAGAGUGUAUUGCCACACUGCGUCAGGAUGCACGUCUGCCCGCUGCUGUUCAUCCUCUGUCUGCUGUGCGCUGGACGCGCUCAGAAGUUCUCUGCUCUCACGUUCCUGCGGGUGGAUCAGGAUAAGGAGUGCAACAUGGAAUGCAGCGGAGCUCCUCGCAAGCCCCUGUGCGCCUCCGACGGCAGGACCUUCACAUCUCGCUGCGAGUUCCUCCGAGCCAAGUGCCGCGACCCCCAGCUGGAGGUCAUCCGAGGGCCAUGCAAAGAUACGUCCAGAUGUGUUGCAGAGAAGAAGUACACAGAGCAGCAGGCCAAGAAGCUCUUCCCGCAGGUCUUUGUGCCUGUGUGCAACCCUGAUGGCACAUAUAGCGAGGUUCAGUGCCACAGCUACACUGGAUACUGCUGGUGUGUCAACCCCAACGGCCGACCCAUCAGUGGCUCAGCAGUGGCCAAUAAAAAACCCCGCUGCCAAGCUUCAAAACAAGAGAGAGCUACUACAAGAGAGCCAGGUAAAGCAGUCUCCUUGCAAAUAUUCUCCAAUCUAAAUGCAGAUGAGACCGGCCUAGUGGUGGAUCCGCAGCCUGCCGGCGACGAAGAAGACAUCAUUUCCCAGUACCCCACUCUGUGGACGGAGCAGGUCCGCAGCCGACAGAACAAUAGAACACGAGCACCAUCCUCAACAUGUGACCAGGAGCAGCAGUCCGCCCAGGAAGAGGCUAGGCAGCACAAGAACGAUGCUGUGUUCAUACCCGACUGUGCCCAAGGAGGACUCUACAAGGCGGUCCAAUGCCACCCCUCCACCGGCUACUGCUGGUGUGUGCUGGUGGACACUGGACGGCCCAUACCUGGGACCUCCACCAGGUGGGAGAGACCUCACCUAUGGUAUGAACAGCCAAAGUGUGACGGAAAUGCCAGGGCCCACCCAACUAAACCUAAGGACCAUUACAGAAGCAGACAUCUCCAAGGCUGUCCUGGGGCAAAGAAAACAGAAUUCCUGACAAGUGUACUUGACGCGCUGUCAACAGACAUGGUGCACGCCGUCACAGAUCCAGCAUCAGCCGGAAGGAUGGCAGAGCCAGACCCCAGCCACACCCUGGAGGAGAGGGUGGUCCACUGGUAUUUCAGUCAGCUCGACAAAAACUCCAGCGGGGACAUUGGAAAGAAGGAGAUCAAGCCCUUCAAACGCUUCCUGCGCAAGAAAUCCAAGCCAAAGAAGUGUGUGAAGAAGUUUGUGGAGUACUGCGACAUCAGCAACGACAAGGCGCUGUCUCUGCAGGAGCUGAUGGGCUGCCUCGGGGUGACCAAAGAAGAGGGGGCCAAGCCAGGAGAGAGUUUACCUUCCAGUAAAUUAAAUCCCUCGAAGAAGCAAGGCUAAGCAUCUGAGAUUUCCCCUCCAGCACGGAGAACCUGCCCUCACCAAUCGGCAAUAAUGGAAACCAUAGUAUUUGCACUUUGUACUUUAAAAUAAAAAUGUAAAUUCACUUUGUAGAAAUAAGGUAUUUAAACAGACUGCUGAAUCUGUGAAUGAUGUAGUUAGCUUUUGAUGUCCUGACAAGCAAACAUUAUUUAACACAUACAAUGUAUGUGUCCUUUGUGUGUCUAAAAAGUAUACUUUUCAGAGUUGUACAAGUUUUCAUGUUUGAUGUUGCAUUUUGUGCCCCUUCCCCGAGUGUAAUUUUCUCCUUACUUUGAUGAUGGUAAUACGGAUAUAUGGAUAGUUUGCUACAAUAACUUAGACCACGCCAUCUCUCAUGUACUGACCUAUAGCUUCUUCUCUUGUGCUUUGUACAGCAGUUUGCAAGAAUGUUUUAAACAGACAUCAUAAAAACGUCCUCCAUGUCCACAUGUAAUCGUGUUUAUUAGGAAUAAAGAACUCUUUUAUACA